AUGUGCUCGACGCAGAACGUUGGUUCGACCUUUGCGUGCCACGACGUAGGGAUCACUCACGGUCGCCGGGAUGCAUUUUGCGUGGUUGAAGGCGCAAGAUUCGACGCAACGACCUCACGCUUCGACCUCGACUGUACACCAGACGCUCUCUCGAGACUACCGACAUAUAUGUACGAUACAGGAGUUCCAAAUGUGCUGAGAGAGACAUUUCGCAUCGGCACGCCAGAGCAAAAAGAGCAGCAGAUAUCCAGCCAGCGCGGAGGCACAGUCGUUCUUGUUAAGCGUGAGCUACCAGGGAAUCUCUGGCACUCGUUAUUAGAGAUUUGGUCAUUCUGGCUGACUAUGGACACGCUCGGCUUCGAGGCUUUUGCGCAGUCAAAUGAUGUGCAGGUCGUUUUUGUCGAUUCACAUAUCAAGAUGGAACCAUAUGCAGAUCUGUGGACUGUGUUCAGCGGUGGAAAGAAGCCGCUGCGAAUGGAAGAAUAUGCGAAUAUGAAUGUUGAGAAGAGGGGGUAUUUUAAGCAGGUGGUGAUUCCACUGUCUGGAGGAAGCAAUCCGAUCUGGCAAGGUGACUGGGAGAAGCUCAACUGUUGGCAGUCGGAGCUAGUCAAGACGUUCAGUGAUCGUGUCCUCAAGACUUUCGAGGUUGUGGAUAAGGCAAUCACCGAUCACAACGUCAGGAUCACCUUCCUGGAUCGCAAAGGCAAUAGACGAUUUGUUCACCAAGAUCAACUACUCGCUGGAAUCGCGCAGAAAUACCCAGAUGCAACGAUCGAUACUGUGGACUUUACCGAAAUGUCUUUUGGAGAGCAGUUGGAAGUCAUCAGCAAUACGACAGUGCUCAUUGGUGUCCAUGGAGCUGGUAUGACGCAUAGUAUCUUCAUGCCGGAAGGCUCGACCAUUAUCGAUAUCAUGCCGCCGGGUCUGCAAUGUAAAGGAUUCGAGAAUAUCGCCGGUCUAAAACAUAUUGGAUACUUUAAGAUACAAGGCGGAGGAGAAGAGAAGUCUGGCGCGAGUUUCAAGAGUCCUAGUUGGCAGUCGGAUGAUGUCGAGGUACAUGAAUCAGACUUCGUGAGCACCUUUCAGCACGUGAUGAAGACCUACGGCAAAACGUAA